AGUUAACAUCUCAUUUUCUCAAAUCCUCAAUAAUGUCACAACAGAAGGUUAAAGGGGUCGAGGGCCCAUGUUGCAAGGAAGCCAGCGCAAUACUGAAUCUUUCUCAAGGGAAUUCAAGUUACACACAGGCUCUUAAUUCAACUCAUCUUGUAGGACAUCCGAGAUUUCACGUCCUAUGCAGCAAAAAUUAUAACAAAGCAGAAAUUAUCAAUAAUUUGAAUUCUUUGGGCUGCACAGAAGUUGUAACUGAUCAGCAGGGUAACACAAAAACUGCAUUUUUAACAAGAGAGGAUCAGAACCGAACGCUGCAUGAGAUCCUUACGUCAUCUUAUGGAAGAAGAGCUUUAGAAUUGUUAAAUCAAGGAAGAAAUGAGGUUAUCCUUAAAAUAGCAACAAGCGAGCUAACAACAAACAGGAACUUAAUGAUGGCAGUUGUAAGAGUUGGGAAGCAAUUGGAAACAAAGCCUGCAAACGCACUUGUUUUAUUACUCGGUCAUCAUCAACAUAAGCCUGAGGGAAUGUAUGUUCAUGUGAAGACAUUUUAUCCGACUGAGCAGCGUGUAGAUGGAUAUGUUUUGGAUGUGACGCGAUUUUGAUUGAGGAUCUUUGAGAGAAUGUAAAGGUUUUUGGUUGAAUAAAAUUGCAA